GGAACAUACACAAAAAAAUUGAGCAAAAAAUACCAGGGAAGGCACUCCUGGUAUAUAUGCUCCUGUCUGGAAAUUCCGGACAGGAAUAGCACUCUAUAUAUAUAUAUAUAUAUAUAUAUAUAUACACAUACAUACAUACUCGGUGUAUAUUAUAAAGGGAAACAAACCCAAUGUCUUUUCAUAUGACUAAAAAUGCAUAUGACUACAUAUGGCCACCUACGAUUAAUGGUUAUUUAGAAGAUACAACAUUGGUGGUUUAAGAAACAAAGAGAUACAUCGUAGCUGGGGGGAUUUUAUCUUUUUGAUAACAUUCUUUGGAACUUUGGAUAUAUUUCAAAACAACUACUACGUAUUACAUUUUUGUAUUAACAUUAAUUUUCCUUCAUUAUCCAUGUAAAUGAAUAGAUUCAUAUACAAAUUAUUAACAGUAGAUUUAUCUAAAGAAAAAAAAUAAUGUUUGCUUAAUUUGGCAAUAUUCUAAAUUUGCCAAAAAUACAAAACACAAUUCGUUAAAAAUGAAAAAAAGUAGAGUUUUAAAAGGAGGAGAUGGUUCAAUGUACACAUUGAAUAGUGUCAUAUACUUUGAAGUACCAUAAUCCCAUCCAUCGCAAAUUACUCAUACCAAGGGCCUCCAUUGAAGCUGUCAGUUAUAGCCGCCCUUAAUUACAUAGAGAAUAGAAGGAAUUUUGUGCACUUCUAUUAUUACGCGCUUGUAUUAUUAGAAGUUUACAACACAAAUAAGAGGGUGUUGUAAUAUUCCAGGCAGAGGAAAGGAACGAAUAUUCUCCGGCCUGACCUACAUUGAGAGGUAUAGUAUUAUAUCAUUAAGGUUGAUGUGGGUUUGUGACCCUCCUCAUGUUUGGAAGUUUAUAAAAUUGGAAGGGAGGACUUUGAAGGGCUUUUGUAACCCUCCAAACCUCUCUAAAUGCUCAAUUUUUAAGUUCACUAACGAAUGAUAAUUUAUGCUCAAUUAAAAAUAAAUAUCUAUUCAAUUAUUUGAAUACAUCAUAUCUCUUAAGUCUAUGCAAAUGCAUAAAUGAAUGCAGCACUGAUAGUACAUAAUAUAUUUACAUUUUUGUACAAGGGCUGUUUCAUGGAAGUCAUUAUUGCAAAAGUGGCUCGCUCUAUCUACAAUAGAAGGAGAGCUUAUUGUUGCAGAGUGUACUGCUACUACAGAAUAACAACAACAACAACAUCCAAGCCUUAGUCCCAAAAGAUAUUGGGGUCGGCUAACAUGAAUCGAUACAUGAUAUCACCACCAAAAGGAAAAGAAAGAAAAUAAAGAUUAAAAAAAUAAGCUAAUAUAAAAAGAUAAUAUAAAACGAGAUGAGUAUACCUAAAAAUGAUAAAAUAAAAAGAACAAAAAAAAUGUUUAUAUAUAUAAGGAUAAAAGAAUAAAAAAAAAAGAAAAAAAAUGAGGGGGAAAAAUAAUACGAGAUCACUCCUCCACACGAACACCCGCCCUCCACCUUGCUCUCUCCAAAACCAUACCCUCAUCCGACCCAAGAAAAAGCAUAUCACUUCGGACUCCCCUAACCCACGUCUAUUUGGUCUUUCUCUCCCUCUCUUCCCUGCCUCUUCUCCACACAUCUCAACACGUCUGAUAGGUGCAUCACUCGGUCUUCUACGCACAUGACCAAACCACCGUAGGCGAGACUCCUGCAUCUUGUCUUCAAUAGGUGCUACUCCCACCCUUUGUCUGAUUGUCUCAUUUCGCACGUGGUCCUUCCUAGUAUGCCCACACAUCCAACGCAACAUGCGCAUCUCUGUCACACUCAUCUUUUGAAUGUGACCUUGUUUCACUGCCCAACACUCUACGCCAUACAGCAAUGCAGGCCUAAUUGCUGUCCUAUAAAAUUUACCCUUCAGUCUAGUGGGCAUACCUCUAUCACAUAGAAAUCCUGACGCACUCUUCCACUUCAUCCACCCUGUUCUGAUUCUAUGGGAUACAUCUCCAUCUAGCUCACCGUCCUUCUGAAUUAUGGAGCCCAAGUAACGGAACAUAUCACUGACUGGUAUCUCCUUACCAUCUAGAGUAAUUCUACUAUUACCACUGCUUCUACCUUCACCAAACUUGCACUCCAUGUACUCUGUCUUGUUCCGACUUAGUCUGAAACUCUUGUUCUCCAAUGUCUGUCGCCAUACUUCUAACUUUGCUUUAAGACCUGAUUGCGUCUCAUCAAUCAAUACAAUAUCGUCAGCAAACAUCAUGCACCACGGUAUUUCGUCUUGAAUUGCCUUAGUAAGUUCAUCCAUGACAAUGGCAAAUAAGAAAGAGCUCAUAGCCGAUCCUUGGUGCACUCCGAUAGUAAUAGGGAACUCCGCAGUCCUUCCUACAUUAAUACGAACACUUGUAGUACAAUCCUCAUACAUAUCCAUGAUGAUGCUGAUAUACUUGCGUGAUAUGCCUUUUCUAGUUAAGGCCCACCAAAUAACUUCUCGAGGUACCCUAUCAUAAGUCUUUUCUAAGUCAAUGAACACCAAAUGCAGAUCCUUGUGAGCGUCUCUAUACUGCUACCACAGAAUGUAGUAACAAAAUGUUGUGACUUAACUGCAAUCUGUGUGAACUUGAACUCAAUCAAAAGAAGUGAAAUGAUACUAUCAUAGUCAAAGUGUUAUAGACUUGAGUAAGAAUUAUGUGUAUUACUCUAGUACAAAGCAUCUUGAUCGUCGUGGCAUUGGGUAUGUAAGACAAUGGAUUAAAAAGUGUUGAAAUUUGUUAAUUAAGAUCACCAUGAAGAAGAGUUGAGCAUGACAAAGGUGAUCACAAGAAAUAAGCUAGAGCUCGAAGAGACAUAAGCGGGAUCGGAACGGACUAUGUACAGUAUCGUUAGACCUUCUCAUACAAGAACUUCACAUCUUAAGUAUUACGUAGUAUCUUCUUUUAAUGACUUUUUCCACCUCUAAAAUACAAAUUUGUACAUUUCUACCUCUUCUCUCUUUUUAAAAUGAGAGAAAAGAACAAAGAAUUAACUGAGUCUUUGUAAGUUCAUGGCAGGAUAUUUGUGUGAGGCGUCUGUAGUUACCUAAAAAAGAAAAGGUCUUAGAUCGGUGAGAUGUUUGUGGUGAUGACUAUUGUCCUCGGUAUGGAACCAAGUUUACUUGAGUAUUCCAUAUUUCUAUACCCAAUUUCUCUUUUUACAAAUACUCUGUACUAAAUGCAUACUACUAUAGUACACUUUUAUUUGAUUUGUUUCUUACAUAGAUAAAAUGAUACCCAUAGUAGGUUGCAGAUACUUGGACUGCUGCAUUAAAGUUAGAUACCUCAGAUGUUUGGUUCUCCCAUGUGGCCGCCAUGAUGGGAAAGUACUGCAAAUUCUGGAGGGGCUCCGCCUCGCUAGCUGAUUGCUCUCCCAACUCCUCCGCCACCGGAAGUGUAAAAUGUAUAAUGACAGGUGAGCGUUCAAGCAUCUUUGACUCUGUCCAGUGGGUUUGCUCGACCGACGCCCUCAACCCCACUCCCCAGAAUGCAGGACACUAUCGUCUUCGAACUUAUCGGGAUCUGGUCGUCUCUGCUUCCACUGCUGUCGGGGAUAUCGCGGAUGCUCAUGUGCAUGCUGCUCUCACUUAUUACUUGAACCUGAGCCCUAACUCCAUUGAAUUUCACAGUCUGACUGCCGGAGAGUUCUGGAAAAUAGUGCCUGAUGUUUGGUCUGGAUCUCACUUCUCAACACUCGCCGGAGUGAUUUCAUCGAUCGACCGUCACUACCACAGUGAGACACCUGAAUAAUGGAACACUUGGAUGUUAGUUCUCUAUAUACUAUUAUUCUUCUUCUGUUGCUGAUGAAUAUAACAUGAUUUUGCGGUGUGUUUUUAUGAGGGAAAAUACACACUUUUUGUCCACAUUUCAUUCACGCGUGUAUCAGUGCAUCUACAAGUUAUUUUUUUGUUCGUGAAUAGUCUCUUCAUUAACGGUUUAAUAUUUAAUAGGAGUUGUUAAUGGAGAAACAAAUUAAAAUAAUUUAGUUUAGUAUUCUUUAUGAACAUCAAUGUUAUUAGUUUUUUAAUUUGCACAAAUAAGUAAUGGAACAAUUCAAUGAUUUAAGCUAGACUAAUAAUACUCCUACUCAAAAGUAGAUAAUUUUUUUGUAAAAUUCAUUUUGAAUAGUUAAAAAACUACUCCGUAUUUCGUUUUUGUAAAAUAUUAAGAAUUACCAUGAACACUAGGGGAAAAUAUAUCAAAUAAAAUGAAGUGAAUCAGAAUAUACGUAGUAAAAGCUUGUGGCACAUUAAAAGUACACAACUCAUUUAGUUUUUCAACAUGGACUAGUUGAGAUGAUUGAAAUCGUCGGACGGAUGGGCAUAUCGUCUGACAAUAGACAAGUUCUGACUUCUGAGGAGCUGGAAUACGAAUACAGUCACUCUUGGAGCCAAACUGGACAUCUAUCCAACGAGGGACAAAGUCACCCUCACCAACUGAAGUGUCAACAUCAAAAUGGACGAAGUUUCAAUUCGUCAACAUCUAAUCAUGAUCAUAAGCGCACAUUUGGAGGAAGAGAAUAGGAUGUCAGCUUUCGUUCUUCAUCGCUUCAGUUAACAACAUGGGUUUGAUCAGAAAUUACUUGCAAGGGAAGUGCCGAAAGUGUUUCAACCGACUGAUGACGGAUUGACUAAUGGGUCUCGUCAGACAAAUGACGAGUCGAUAAUCUCAUCUCAUCAGACAGAUGACGAGUCGGUAAUCUCAUCUCAUCAUACAGAUGACGAGUCGAUAAUCUCAUCUCGUCAGACAGAUGACGAGUCAAUAAUCUCAUCUCGUUAGACGGGUGACAAGUCGAUAAUCUCAUCUCGUCAAACGGAUGACGAGUCGAUAGGCUAACUCUAAUGAAUUUGGAAGCCUCGGUUCUAAAUGGAAAAACGAGGGCCCCUAAAACAAGAAAAAUACAAACUUUAACAAUGAAAUACUAAUAGUCUAGACAAUUCAAUGAAAUAUACUACGUAAGUUUUAUGAUGUUUAAAGUACACAAAUUAGAGAAUCUAGAAGUUAUAUACCUUUUCGAAUCUGAAAGAGUAAAGGGUCAGUUUAGUACUCAAAGUUGUAUAAAAAGGGUCAAAUAAGUCCUUACUGUCCGGCCGUCGCCAUUUUGGGCGGUUCCCGGGAGAAUUUUUUGAUGAAAUUUUUUUAGCAUAUUAUUCAUCAAAUCUAGUUUACUUGUACUAAAUUUCAGCUAAAACUUCAAUCGGGAAGG